AUGUCGCUCCAGCAGAACAAGCCAUACGUCGUCGACGGAAAGGGACAUCUCCUCGGCCGUCUCGCUUCCAUCCUGGCCAAGCAAAUUCUGUCGGGUCAGGCGGUGACGGUUGUCCGAUGCGAGCACAUCAACGUUUCGGGCAGCUUCUUCAGGAACAAGCUCAAGUACCACGCAUACCUGCACAAGAGACACCUGGUCAAGCCCUCAAAGUCUGGUCCUUUCCAUGAGCGUGCCCCAUCCCGCAUUCUCUACAAGUCCGUUCGUGGCAUGGUUCCUCACAAGACUGCCCGUGGUGCUGCCGCCCUGGAGCGCCUCAAGCUCUACGAGGGUGUUCCUCCCCCCUUUGACCGCCAGAAGAAGGUCGUCAUUCCUCAGGCCCUGCGUGUCCUUCGCCUCAAGCCCGGUCGCAAGUAUGCGACUCUGAAGCGAGUCUCGAGUGAGGUGGGAUGGAAGUACGAGGAGGUGGUUGACAAGCUCGAAGAGAAGAGGAAGGUCAAGCAGCAGGCGUACCAGGAGCGUAAGGUGGCUGCCACCAAGAAGAGAGCUGCAGCCAUCUCGAGCGCCUCCAACGAACUCAAGGAUGUCAACUCGAAGCUGGAGCCCUAUGGUCUCUAA